AUGUACUCAAAGACUCACUGUGACUCGUAUGACUGGAUCAACCUUAACUGUCCAAAACUGUGUGGAUACUGUGGAAAAGGUGAGUGCAGAGUUUGGCCAUCUGGGCAGCUCGUAUCGUUUGGUAUAUACACCGUACAUAGGUAAUGGUGAAAACUGGGAGUGUUGUGCACAGUUGUAUGCUUCUUACAGUUUCAAAACGUCGUGGAAAGUAAAUAAUGCUUCAUAAUAGUACAAAAAAAUAUGUCCUACUCUCACCCAACACUUUCUCUUAUGACAGAAGUUUACCAUCCUUUUUUCUUGCAGAAGAAGCAACUCCAGAAACAGAGAAAGUUGCAAAUUAUUUGGGAGCAACAGCGCAGCCGACAGUAAAUCCCCUUAAGGGAUGGGAGAACGCUCCGACUACAGUUCCGGACACUUCCAAGGUGGUUCUGGGCCGUAAUAAUUAUACCUACCCUAAGGUAAAAUACGAAGGUAAUGCACCAAUCGUAGCUACGAACGAGAUAGCUAAUGAGACAAUUUACCCGGAAGUCAGUGUACCGACCAAUGGCUCUCCCUUAUAUAAUGUAUAUAACAAGACAGUAGCGUCUGAGAACAUACUUCCGGUGGUACAGGCUGGUGCGACAUCGGGUUCAGAAAUAGGUGUCUACGAUUCGUCGACCCCACAAGAAGCGCUUUCAGCUCAUGUGGGAACGAUGGAACCAACCUCAGAGCCUCUUCUCGUUAUGAACGGAAGUGAACUUGUGCCAGUGGAAGAAAUGGAAGUUUUAGAAAUUAAAAAGAAUCCCGACUGGGUUGUGGACAUUCCUUCAGCAGUACAACCAGUUGAAAGCAACGGUGUAGAAAAAAUACGAAUUUCUUUCAUCGAGAAAAACCAGCCUUUGCAAGGUGUAAACGAGGUCUCCUUACAACCAGUACCAGAGGGUAAUAUGGAAAAUAUUAAAAUUUCAUUUCUUGGAAACGAAACAUCUCCUGUAACAGCUGAAGGAAAUGGGAUAAGCUUGGAAGCAACUCCAGCCGAGAAGCAAAACCAAAACAUUAAAAUUUCGUUUGAAACCGAUAAAGAACCAGCAGUUCCCAUUGAGGUCCCUGUAAUGCAUGAAACUCCAAGUCACGUGACUGUGCAAAACUUGACGUUAACGCAGCCGAGUACUGCGCAAUCACUCCCAACGCAGGCUCCUCCCAUGCCCAGCGGUCCUGAUGUAGUGAAUCCUUUUGCGGGAGGAAUUGUGGAUAAGAUUAUCAGCAACGCGACAGCCACAGCAACUCCGCUGACUCCAAAUCAGAAUAUCACCGUGGAUUUUAGACACAACACGGGUACUGGUGUCCCUGUGACCAUGCAACAGCUUCGUAAGUAGCAAUUUUAAUAGAAUAGAAACAGAAAAUCCGGUUAAAUAGCCAUCUACUUUGCACGUCUGAAAAAGGUCCUUAAAUUUUUUUCACAAAUAUAGUUACUGAUAAAAGUUGAUGAACACAAAAUUUAUUUUUAUCAUGAACGUCUAACUUUGAAGUUUAAGAGGAAUUGUUCCCUUAAAAAAUAGCAUAAAUCUUUUGGAACUAAAUCAUCAGCAUUCCUCCUACAUAAAGCAGUCUGAUACUCAAAAAAGACCGUGACUCAUUUCAAUAGGUGUUGUGACCGGCAAGUGAUAAAACUGUCAAAAUUUUCGCCCUAACUCCUUGGAAAUUUCUCCGAAUAAUUUCAUCAAGGCAAACAAAAUUUUUCUAAACAAACAGAUUUUCCCCGCCCAGCAUAAAUUUUUAAGCGCGCCCAGAUUUGAUUUGUUGUAUAUUUGAACUGCGCUUAGUUGUAAACACUAUGUAAACUCUGGCGAUUCCUGUGGUCAUGCAAUUGUCUCAUAUAGAGAGUUCCUUGUUAGAAUCGUAGUGUUUUGCGAGGAUUUGCGGGUGGCCGUUGAUGCGAUGAUAGACAAACCGGCCGAUCCGAACAUUAAUGUUAAUGAAUGCAAAGCUCGUGGAGGCUUUUUCUGUUUGCCAUGUGAGAACUAAAAUGGUAACAACGACACCCGAGCGGCGGAAAACAUGAAAUUCAAUUUAUUUCUUCAAGUGAUUAUUGCAUCAUUGCUAGCGGUGUUUGGACAGAGUAAGUUUUUAUCUGGUGAUGGAUGAAAGUCAAAAAUAAGCUCUGACCUUGAUCGGUCAGAUUUAGGUUGCAAAAUCUAUUCAUUGUAGUGAUUGAGGCCGUCUUAAGAUAAUUUUGCACUGUUUUCAGAAAGACGUUUAUAAAAUUAACCGAUUUUACGAUUUUCAUUCGGGUGCUCGUUACUUGAUGACGGUGCGUGGAAACUGUGGAAAUUUCUGAGAGUUUCGAACAUUUUCACCGAGACAAACCUACCGUAUUGUCUUAAUACAAUUGUUUACUCCGACCUAAGUUAAAUUGCAGCUACAGAAGCUCUCCAGUGCAGCUAAUUGUCGCAAAUGUAACAUCUACACCAAUUAUUUGCCCUAAGAGGGUAUUAAAACUUUUUGUUUGGGUUUUUGCCAUUUAAAGAAGAAAUCUAGCUAUAUCAUGUGACCAUAAGGCCAUUUAUGAAUUAACUCUGACUCCAGAAUAAUUUUUUUUAUUGCCAUCGCCUCAUGUAGCUUUUUUGUCAAUUUAAUUCAUGUUUUAAUUCAAGAGAAAAUGCCUUGUGGUUCAUUACGUAAAGGAGCUAUUGGAAGAGGGUCAAGUAAAUUUUUAGCCUGAGAAAUUUGCUCUGUUGUAAAAUGAAUAUCCUGCAAUUAGUUUUUAGGGUCUGGGACUCAUUUGUCUUCCUUCGUAACAAGAAAAUCAGUUUCAACAAGUUUCUUAUGAGACAUGACUCUAAGAAUUUACGAGUACGGAUAUGGUUUGCAGAUUCGUAUAUCGAGCUUAAGUGGUCAUCGUCGGUCUUGAGAGUUCGCAGAAUAUUUUGACUUUCAUUUCGUCUUUAAUGCAGCCAACUCUUUGGUGCAAUAAAUCAUACAUCUCACUUAAAUCAAACAUGAUAAGGAGUCUAUGCAAUCUCUUCAUCGGUCAUUGCAUAACUUUACGUUGCGUGUUUGUUUAAAAACUAUAUGUUUGCCGAUAAUAUUUAUGAUGGAUAGCGCAUUGUCAACAUACAAACUUUUUCCUUAGUGGUAUUUUUUAUUGCUUAACAGCAAUUUGGUCCAAUCUCAAAUUACAAUUUGCACUUAUUUUUCUGCAGCCGUCGUAGAGCAGAAUGCUACAGCUGAGCCAAACGUUUACGGUGAGUAAAUAGAGUACCUAGUGAGAAAAAGAGCAUUUUUCGAUCAAGUGUCGUAAAACCAAAAGCGAUCAAAGUAAUCGUAAAAACCAAUUAAAGAAAAAUUCCUUUCAGAACCAAUGAGAACUCAAAGCAAACCAACCAACCAAACCAAAGCACGAGAAACGCGGGCGACCAAGUCGUGAUUGGUUUUAGUUUUGCAUCUGAUUGGUUAAAAAGAUGGCGCGUUUUAGUUUUUUUUCUAGACCGAUCACAACGCGAAGUAAAGCAAAACCAACUCAAUUCCAGAUUAUUUGCGACAGUCGAUUGAAAAAUUGCUCUGUGACCACAGUAUCUUCCUUUUAAGUGAGGUUGUCGUGAAAAUCGAUGCAACUACCACUUCAUUUCUCUUUCUUGGAAAUCAUCGCCAGUUUUUAGAAACUUACGAAAAUUUAUGCACUGUUAAUGAUUUAAGAACUUUAAGCUGUCAUCGUAGAUAAUGCCCACUUUAAUCCAGUGAUGUUAACUUUAGACAAGAGAAUGUCAACUGGUAUUCUCUUGCCUUAGAGUAGGGGGCAAAAUACUCUUCAGUGAUCACAGGUCCAAAAAUAAUCAAACAUUUUUCUGAGGUUCUGUUAACGUAUAUAUCACUUGUUCCCAUAGAAACUUGGUGUAAUGACGACCCUGUGUGUGGUAAAUAUACAGAGGCCAGUUGUAACGAGGCGUGGUUGAAAGUUAACUGCCCCAAGAAAUGCAAAAUAUGCGGCAAUGGUGAGCACUGCUUAAAUUUUUGAAUCUUUGUACUUGGUAAAGUCAUAUCCAUGGAAGAGAAAAUAAAACUGAACUUUGUUGUCGGUGAACGACCAUAAAUCCUCAAUGUUUUCUCAUCACACACUCAAAUUAAACUCGCACAAAGUCAUCCCUGGCGCGCGUUGCCCAUAGUAACAUACAUUGCUGUCAGAAACGCGAUUUAAAGCAUAGCUGGAAAGAAACGCCACUCUAGAAGCAGGGGACGCGCUUGUUAUUAGUACGCAUGCCAGAUAAAAGCCACUUUGUUCAAUUUGAUUGUAUCUUGUGUCUAUCAAUAACCUUCUUGGAUUUCCUGAAAGAUCUAACUACUGUUUCGUGUAUCACAGAAACAACUUCAACAUUUACGACACCUCAACAAGCAGUGACAACAAAUAACACAUCAAAUAACGCAACAGAGAAACCGUACACGGAGCUGUCUGUCACAGUACCCUCUGAGGUCACAAAAUCAUUGGAGACAUCACGAAAGCCUGUUUUAGUAAACAUUAAAGGUGAAAAUGGGAAACCGGCGUUGGAGGACCAGGUGUCAAACAAAGUACCCAUGGUGGAAACCAUAGUUGUCAAGCUUCCUGCAAACAUUAAAGCUGAAGACGAACACAAAGCUAAGAUUAAAGUAAAAGGUCCGGCGAAAAAUCAUAUCAAUGUAACAGUGAGUCAUGGGACAACUAUUCUUCAAAUACCAGAAGGUAACUAAGGCCUUUUCUUAACGAUUAAAUAGAAAUACGCAUACAUCGACUCUUCUGCAGCUAUCUGAUUGGUAUUAAAGCUGUUUAAUCUCGUGUGAUUUCAUCGAAUUUUUCUGUUUUUCGAAGCAAGCUCUAUCAAUCGUAAGGGUCUUCAUUUAUUUAAAAAUAUAUAUUACUAGCCAGCCAGUAAGUGUUAGCAAAACUUACUGUGCUAUCCACCAGAUAGAGAUUUAUCCACUGGAUAGCGUUAUCCACCCUUCGAUCAUCAGGGGCCUUAUCGGUUAAAGGAGGCGAAUGAAGAAUACUAGGUAUUGCUGACGCGUUAUUUGUUAUUUCCAGCACCCUGGUGUAAUGACAAGAGUGAAUGUUCGCGAUACUCCAUGAACCAGUGUAAUGACGAAUGGGUUCAACUUAAUUGUCCAAGAAAAUGCCAGUUUUGUCGACGUAAGUACACGAUUAGAGAUAUUUUCGGCCACACUUUGUAUAUGCUUAUGAAUCUGUUUGAGCGGGGACUGGGGUUUAACAACAAAUAUGGCGGACAAGGCGCGUAAAUUUUAGCCUCGGCGAAGUAGCGGCAGACGCAGAAAAUUUGCCCGGACAUGGAGUUUAAAGUAACCUGAAAAAUAAUGGGUUGACCGACGAAUUAAAAGGAUAGCAGUCAUCUAUACGAUGAAAUGAAGCUAUUUGGCAUAUGAUUAAUUUCAGCUGUUUGCAAGGAUAAUAAGGAAUGCAGUCGCUUUUCGAUAGAAAGCUGUGAAAACGAAUGGAUGAGAAAGAAUUGCAAGAAAAAGUGCGGUUUUUGUGAAGGUAGGUGGAUUUGAUGAGACUGAAAUCUUAUUUAGAAAGCUUUAAAUUUUAGACAGCGACUUCGAUCGUGAGUCGGAGUUGAAAGAAAAUGUGACAGGUAUUCGCGCGUGAAACAGCACUGUGUACAGGGACCUUGAAAAGCGAAGAUCCUGGCUUUAGAGCUUUAAAGCGACGUACAAGAUGCCAGAUCGCAAGGUUGUCACGCAGUUUUAGCAAUAUAGGACGACAGUUCUAAGUAUAGCUUUUCUAAAUACAUCUAAUUUCAUGGAGAUACACUGGCAUGAAUUAAUUUUAUGUAACAGAGAUGAUCUCUGCAAAGUAUAAUACACCCCCAAAAAAUAAAAACAAACAAGACAAAACAAAACAAACAAACAAACAAACAAAAGCAAAAACAAAAAACAUGUGGGGUUUUGUUUUUCCUAAAUGCUGUAGUCAUCAAAGUUAUUAGAGAAUUAUAUUUUGGGAAAAAAACUUGAAAUUAGAGGAAUUCAGUCUCCGAAUUGAUGAUGAACAGAAAAUUGGAAUCUUUACCUUGUUGUGCGGGAGGUUUUUGGGAAGAAAAGUAAAAAGAAAGAAAAAAGAAGGGAAAAAUUCAAGACUACCCAUACAUUCUAAAGCUCACAGUCUUGACCAUAUUUGAGGGUGAAUGACACUAUGUGCCAGACAAGUUACUCUUCAUUAUUUGGAUAAUUCCUUCCUAACAUUUGCAUAAUGCUGUCUGUUUGGUGGAUAAGGUGGAUAUAUUAAAAUUGGCCAGAUCCUGUUGGCCAUACAAUUUUUAUUCUUCAACAUCUGGUUGUUUCUAUUAUCUUGAAAUUAGUUAACAAACUUUACUGUGAUAUUUAUGAGUGUUCUUGAACCAUUGCAGUCAAUAUUAACGCUGGCUCUAUCUGCUAAUUUAUUAACGCUGUUUGUAAAUUUGCUUUUAAUGAAACUAGUAUGGUUCUAAAAUGGUUAAUAUAAAGUCUUGUCUUGACUAAUACAAACUUUUUCAAUAAUACACUGACUUUUCUGAAAAAAAUUGAAUGGAUGGCUUUACCUCUAACAAACCUAACACUGAACAGUAUUUAAGACUAUGCUAUACAAAAUAGUGGUUGAAACAAUAACAAAGAUCAAAAUUCCUUAAUGACAGUGUGCCAAAACACACCAAUAAUAACAAACCAUGGUGUUAUAAAUAGCAACACCUUUGCCUUUGACCACAUUGCUCCAAACAGUAUAACAGUUGAAACAUCGUGAUUAAUACAAUUGAUAGCUUGACUCUAGAUGGUAGGAAAAGUAAUUAAACAUUCAUUUAUCUACAAAACCACAAUGAACAACAACAUUUUCUGUAACAAGAUUAACCAUAUAAGGUUACAGAGUCAAAAUACAGGGCUUUUUCUGAUAGCCUUACCGGAACUCUAAGAUUACCACAGGAAUUGUUAUGAAUUUUAGCUAAAGAGUUGACAUACCCUAAAAAAAAGGGCCUUAAGGCAAAUGGUUGCAGGAUUUUACUUUACAACUGCAAACUGUGGAAUUCUAAGAGGCAUUUUAUAACUGGUUGCAAAAGAGGAUUGCCUUUCAAAUGCAUGUUUCAAUUUUUAGGGUUAGAACCCACAGGAAAAGGUGAAUCAAAAGGUGAGAAUUCUCAAGCUGGUGAUCAGUCAAAUUACCACUAAAAUAUAAACUCACCAUUUUUCACAUAAACUAUGGAAAAUAAAGGCUAAAUUAAUACGAAUAAUUAAAUAUAAAAUAUUUAAUUAUUUAGAAUGUUAAAAUAAACUCCUAAGGUUUAAAAACAAAAUGGAUAACAACAAUCUAAAUAAUAGUAACUUGCACAUAUAAUUGAAAUUCAGUAUUAAAAAAUCACUUUUGUAACACAACAUACUCUAAAUUAUUUUGCAUGUAAAAGCCAUCCUGAAUGUUACUAAUACUUUUUAAGCAUACUAAUCUCUAAUACUAAUCUUUUUUUCUGUUUAUAUUUAAUACCUCAUGCUUAAAUGAAAUCAAAUAUUAUUUGGGUAAUUUCUGGUUAGCUUAUAGAGGAGACCUCUUUCAACAGGUGCUUGUGUCUCAAAAGAUCAUGAAGAUUGUAGUGAUUACCCAAUGCAUGCAUGCGAUAAUGAUUGGUUGGUUAAGAACUGCAAGAGAAAGUGUGGGCUCUGUAAAGGUACUUACUGAAACUGUAACCAAAUAAAGUGUCAAUGAUUGAGUUUUUCCUUAUCCUGUCCCAAUCUAUGAAGGAAAGCCCCCCUAGUGGACUAGAGUGAGGAAAUGCCUGACUCUCCAGACCUGGCUUAUUGUUGUUAACCAUUAAACUAACAUUAAAACUGUAAAAGAGGUUAGGUAAGGUGUUGCAGAUUAAUCAUAUUUUCAAGCUUGAUGAGCUUCUUACUUAUGAUCUGUUUGCAGUUCCAACCCCUGCUCCAGUUGGUUUAGCUGCACCCACCGUCUCACCCACCCCUGGUGAGUAGUGGCCUUUGUUAUUGCUCUGUUUAUUUGUCUUUUUUUACAUUUGAUCUCUUGUUUGUGGAUGCUGAUUUUUGUUUAUUUGCUUGUCAGUUAACGUAACACAGCAAUUUGGGCCACUGCAUAAAGCAAGUAAGUAACAAAUUGGAAUCCAAGUGUACAGUUUAAGACUUUAAAUGCUCAAGAAUAUUUUCAUGAGAAUCCUACAAAUUGGAAAAUAAAUUAAUGGUUCAGCAAAUUUAUAUUUUGAUUAAGAUCUUCCAAAUCAUUUUGAUGCUCAAAAAAUAUUUUGCCAAAUCAAAUAAUAGAUUUAGAAGUGCAUAUGUCAAAAAAUUAAAAAUGAAUACAUAACUAAAUAACAUUUUGAGGCUGAAUUUGAAUUCAGUGCCAAGGAAUACAAUAUCCUGUGCUGCCUUUAUAUGUGUGUUUUUUUUAGCAAAUAAAGUUCAAUCGAUAUGUUAAUUGUGUGGUUUUUUAUUCUCUCCUUUCAGAUUGUUACUAUGACGGCAUACAACAUGAGCAUGGCGAACGCUGGUCACCAGGCCCCUGCACGCCCGAAUGCAAAUGCGACGAUGGUAAAAUCCGCUGUACAUUGAUAGAGUGUCCUGAAUUGAACUGCCGUAAUCCGGUUAAGAAACGAUGGAAAUGUUGUCCUGAGUGUCCUGUAGAGGAAGGUACGAUAUCUAACAACCUCUUUGAUUUUCAUACGUAAGUAUGAAAAUCAUACGGGAGCACUUUCCAAUCGAGUAUCGUAAACCCAAAACUAAGGUCAUCACAGUGGCUAGUCAGAUAAAUUGGAAAAGAAAAAUACUAGCUAGUCAGAAGGCUGAUCAGAAAGAAAGAAAGAAAAAUUCUUUAAAUCGCGGGGGAAAAGCGCGGGAAAGAAACGCGGGUUACCAAGUUGCGCUUGGUUUUUAAGUUCUGCAUGUGAUUGGUUGAGAAGGUGGAACAAGUCUUCUGGAACAGUGCGGAGAAGAGCAAAACUCACGUAAUUUCGGAAUAUUUUUGACAAUCAAUUGCUCCAAUUGGAGAGAAGACCCUGGCUUUGAAAUCCAAAGUAGUAUUGAUGGGUAACGUGCAUGCACGGCAGAGGAAUAACGUUAUAAAAUUAUAUUAGUGAUGAAUCUCGCAGUUUGGAGAAUAAUUAUGAAAUCCUUAGCUUUUCUUAAUAAUAAUAAAGUUAAUCAGAAAUUUUAUGAGGUAGUCGCCUAUUUUUCUCAAUAAGGACUCGGCUCUAUAUCCACAGGUCUGAACGCACGUUGUGUGGAGACUGAAGGUGGAACAAGUAAAGGCGCCUGCUGUGUUUUCCCUUUCGUUUAUCAUGGAACCCAGUAUUUUGGCUGCACAGACGAUGAAAACAAGAGGCCUUGGUGUGCUACCACGUCUAACUACGACAUUGAUGGAAUGUGGGGGCAUUGUCUUGGUAAGGAAAUCUUGCUCAAAUCACAAUUACACUUUAUAGAUACUAAACUUUUUGUGCAUAGGCUAAAAGUACGGCUACUUUAUUUUCAGGAGAAGGUCGAGAAACGGUAGAAUCACCGAAGACAACUAAAUUCACUUCUACUGGAGGAGUUGUGGCUACCAAUGGCACCCAUGCUAUCUCGAAGGCCACCUCAGCCACCGAAGGUCAUGUGACAAGCCACGCGACCCAGGCAUACUCCCAAGGAACAAGUGCAGCCACAGAGACUCCUAGUUCCGAUGAACUCCAAGAAUCCUCUUCAGUUGGAACCACUCCUAUGCCGGCAACAUUUGCAGGUAAGUAAAAAGUGCUUUACAGUUAUAACUUGACGUGUGACGUGACUUGUUGCAUUACAUAUAAUAUGACAUGUUGUGUGACGUAUAGCAUGACUUGUUGCGUUAACGCAAGAGGUGCAUAUAACAAUGAGUUUAUUUUUUUGCUUUUCAAUAGCUCCCGUUACAGGAGUGUACUCAGAUUGGUCCCACUGGUCCUCGUGCUCGGCCACUUGUGGUGGAGGUACACAGGAGAGAACACGAAAAUGUUCCUUCCCUAAGGAUACCCAGGGUGGCGUGGACUGUUCUUCUCUAGGUCCCUCGCUGGAAACGAGAGAAUGCAAUGCUCUUUUGUGUCCAGGUAUGUCUAUUAACAAACUCAGAGUGAAAAACAAACAAAUAAUCGAACAAAAAAAAAACAAACAACAGAAUGCCAACUCUCUUGUUCACUGUUCUUGUUUCUUCUAGAAUUCUCUUCAAUUUAUUUUAUUUCGUUCGCAGAGGAUGGUGGGUACUCAGUAUGGAGUGACUGGUCCGAUUGUGACGUCACAUGUGGUGGAGGCCUGACGCAGAGAUACAGAACCUGUAACAGUCCCUCCCCAACUAACGGUGGCCGUGACUGCGCUACAGUAGGCCUGGGACCUGCUAUGGAGUCUAAAGCCUGCAAUCUCAUUUCGUGUCCACGUAAGUGAGAAGUAAUGAACCCAGUUUUUAAUUUAUCAAUGAGAGAACUGUUUCCUGAUUGAAUAUUUCUGUCAUCUUUCAACCAGAUGAUGGCGGUUACACUGAUUGGACCGGCUGGUCACAGUGUGACAAAACCUGUGGGGAGGGUACCAGGUACCGGACACGAUCCUGCACCAAUCCCCCUCCUGCCCACGGUGGACACGACUGCUCGUGGUUCGGGAGCGACAGAGAGGUGUCAUCAUGUAAUGAUGGUCCGUGUGAAGGUGAGAAAGGUUUCAUUGCUUAAAGUGAUGUUAAAAAUUCAAUCUUGAAACAAUCGUUUUCGUCUUUGAGGUCGCUUGAGAUAAGUUCGUGUUGCCUUUAAUUUCUCGUCAUCAUUUUACGCCCCCACUAAAUAAAAAAAACCAUCCAAAACAAAACAAAAUAGAAACAAAAACCUGCUAAGUUGAGGGAUAACACAAAAAAUGUAAACAUGACAAGUUGAAAUUAAAAUAGUCUUGAUGUAUCAAUGACCAAAGAAAGAACAAUGGUGGAAGAGGAUGGAGAAAAAUGCAAAAAAAUUAUAAAACAGUUCAGGCUACAUUUUGGAAGAUUGCAAAUUGUUCGAACGCUCCUUUGACUGCGCGUGUGAACUGCCAAAUAUAAUCAGCUUGCACUUAAAAAAAUUGAUAGGAUGGCUCUUUAUUUGAAAACAAGAAAAGUCGGCCAGCAGGCUGGUUCAAGAGAUAUUCCAGCUACCGGAUUUUUCUGCUAAACGCUUGAAGUCUGAGAGACCUAACAGCAGAAAAGUCGCUGUGUUUGGUCCCUGCGACGUGUGCAUUGACAGUUUACUUCGUUUUUUAUGGAUAAUCUUCCAUCCUACGACAGCAUAUUGUCGCUUGAAAACAAGUCGCCCAAAUUCAGAAUGGUUUGAAUUUGUGAGAUUGAUCGCUGUGACUUGUUUCAGAAGACAUACAUAUACAGACGGGGAGAUUUGAAUCAGAGAGAUUUUGCAGCGACCUGUCCCCUGGUGCAUCUAAACCUUAAAGUUUCUUUUAGUAUUUACUAAACUGGACCUUGUUACCUUCUUGUAGUCGAUGGAGGUUACUCAGACUUUUCCGAGUGGACCGCUUGCAGUCGAACCUGUGGUCCUGGUGUGACAUCUAGACAUAGAACGUGCUCCAACCCCAGCCCUUCCGCGGGCGGAAAGGAUUGUACAAACCUGGGACCAGCGUUUGAACAGCGCUCUUGUUUGUUGGCUGAAUGUCCAGGUGAGUACCAUUCAACAGUAACCGAUUAACUCCACAGACAAAGUCACGAGUUCUCUCCUUUAACUCCUGUAAAUUUCCUUGUUAACUAGCUCGUAGAAUCUGGUGUUUUAUGAAAGUUGUACGCACGUUAUUCGAUACGCAUCCUCUAUUUCCAUGAUAAUGAGCCUAUUUCUGACGCAUAUAUCAAUGUGCUUCCGUUCUGUCACAUGAUUAGCAAGCGGAAAUUGGACCAACUGGAGCAACUGGAACGACUGUACACGGACGUGUGGGUCUGGUAUCCAGUUCAGGAAGCGAGUCUGUAUUCACCCAAAAGGAGAACUGUUCUGUUUGGGAGAAAAAGUACAAUCGAGGCUUUGCAACAGUCGACACUGUCCAGGUAACCUUUUUUUAUUUUCUAAUCACUGACCGAAAUACAGCUAUGCUACGGCAGAGUUAGUACGGGUGAACAGCCAGGAUAGUCGUCAGAUUUCUUUGUUCGAAGGGUAAACGCUCGAAGUGUCAGCCUUGAAACUUGUAACGGUGGCCAAUUUACGUUAUCAACUUAGUUGAUAAUAUAAUACUCUCCCACGACGCAGCACCACAGUUUCUUAAGAAAUUUACCCCUUUUCCAGAUUUCUUUGUUGUUUUUCUUUGUACGAUCUUUUUCACCGAGUGUUCCGAGUGUUCCGUACCGUAACAAACAUGGUGAAGUAAAUGAGUAACAGAGUCCUCUCAAUAAUUUAAAACUGCAUCCCCUGGUUGAUGUUUUCGUUCUUCUCAUUAACCUUCUGGUUGAAAAUGUAUUGAAAUUGUUGGGAGAAGUUGUCUUUUGGUCACUCUCCAUUUUGAAGGAAUUAAUAAUUCCGCCUAAAUGCGAGUUCGUUUAUGAUGACUGAUAAUCUAUGUUUCCUCUGCAGUAAAUGGUAACUAUACUGACUGGUCAGAAUGGACGUCAUGUUCUACUACAUGUGGUGUCGGCGUCAAGGCCCGUAACAGAACAUGCACUAACCCGAUGCCUCAGUUUGGCGGGAAGUCAUGUGAAGAGCAGGGCCUGGGUCUGCCAAAUGAAGCCAAACAUUGCUACAUGCGGCAAUGCGGAGGUUGGUAUAAACUGAACAAUUCAGAAAAUUGUACUCUUUUUCUUAAUUUCUUGCUUUCAACGUUAGAGCAGUCUCCACUUGGGGUCACAAAUCUAGUUGCUAAUCACUGCGAAAGACAUCUGCAAAAAGAGCCAAUGAGAGAGCGCAGAUUAUCUGCACUAAGGGCGGGAAAACGGGAUUUACUAAAUCUCCAAUGAUAUUUAUUAUAUUUUUUAUUGGUUGAAAAGCAAGCGCGAGUUGUUUUUCGCUCGGCGCAUAACGCAACUCUCAAUUGAGAGUUGAAGGUAAUCGUGGAUUGCUUUGUUAUUGCUUUACUUCGGUCCGUUAUAGAUCCAGACAAAUUAUGCAACUUUUCUCAACCAUCAGACUCAAAACUAAAACCAAUUGCGACUUGGGUACUCGCGUUUUCUGCGCUUUAGGCAUAUUGCCUUCGACUUCUCAUUGGCUCCUCGUGAUAUUUCCUUGCUCAGUCGAAAAGCGCUCUAUUGCAGUGACGUCCAAUGCAAACGGGAAUUAGGUUUGGUCUUAAGUGGGGCUCCUUCAGAUAUGUGAUUGUAAAUCUUCGUCGAUAUUUUCCUCGUCAGUUAAUGGCAAUUAUUCCGAAUGGGGUGAAUGGUCGACUUGUUCACAUUCCUGUGGGCCUGGAUUCAUGGUUCGUAGUCGAAUGUGCACUAAUCCUCCUCCGUCGAGUGGUGGAUUCGACUGCUCAAGACUGGGUCGACCUGUGCAGAGUACUCAGUGUUAUCUUGUGGACUGUCCAGGUACAAUAAUGUUACAAGUUAUUUGAGAGCUGAUGUCAAAUAAAGCGUUCCCUUUUUAAAAACAAUUUGAGUUUGUUUUGUCACGAGCGCGGAACAACAUAAAUAUUUUAAUCCUCGCGAACGACUGUUCUCCGCUCAGUUUAUGGAAGCUCUAUGACUAAUUUGUUAGAGGGUCGUGCCAAGAUCCAGUUCAUACUAUAAGUUCCUAUGUGACAUUCUCUCUAAACAGUGCUCGCAUUAGCCACGUAGUUUUUGUCUCCAUUCGUUCUUGGGUCCUUUUUCAUCUUCCUGUUUUGCAAAACCUCUUGGCUAAUAUUGUCCUAUCUUCUGAGUUAGUAAUUAUUGUUUAAUGAACUAUUUUAUUCCAUAGCAAGCGAUUUCAAAUAGUUUAAGCUUCAAAUAGUUUAUGCUUGUUUCACCUUUCAAUGGAUAUAGUAGUAUGCUAAAUAAUGAAAACACCAACUGGCUUUUUUUUCCUUCGCAGUUGACGGUAACUACACGCAUUGGUCCAACUGGACCGCUUGCUCCGCGACCUGUGGCGAGGGAACCACAACACGGACUCGCUCCUGUACCAACCCAUCUCCGCUCCACGGUGGUAGAGACUGCUCUGAUAUAGGACCCAAUAUUGAGAUCCAACCUUGCAAACAACAGGACUGUUUGGGUAAAUAAACAAUUUUGGCUUGACUGCUGAAUAACGACGUAGGUUUGUUACCGAACACCAUCUGAAUAGCGGCAUUAGCUUGUUACGAAUACUAUCUAAUACUCUUUUAUAGUAGAGCCUUGUCUGAGUACUUUUCUUCGCAGCUGUUGUUUAGUCUGGUCACGCAACGCGUUAUCUUACCCGUAACGCAAGUGUAAGCUGGCGUGACGAGAGUAAACUACAGGAGCGAAGGAGACUGCGUCGAAGAGUCUUAAAAACAGCUAAUUUUCUCUAAGGACAAUUUCUCUUCACAUCUUCCACACAUGUUUUUACUCACCAACAUUCUGUUAACUCAGGAUCAAGGGGGCUUACAUGCACUGAUGAACAUCUAGCAAAUGUUGCUAGACUGCUUGAAAGUAACCUUUGAUGGACUCACAUCCCAUUCAUGAAAAGAAGCAAAUCUCAUGUCACCUCUAGCCACAGAAACUUUCUACUUGCUUAGGCUUACGACGACUAUGGAAGUCACUUCUGGACAGAGACUUACCUGAUUCUAUUAGCUCAUUGAUAAAUUCGAACUCUUUCAGUAAACGGCGCUUACAGUGGUUGGUCCAGUUGGAGUGUGUGCAGUAAGACGUGCGGACGCGGGUUCAAAAAGAGAAUCAGAGCAUGCAACAAUCCUGUUCCCUCCAAUGGCGGCAAAGAUUGCUAUGAGUUAGGACUGGGGCCUAGCGAAGAACGCAGCCACUGUUUUGAGAGAUCGUGUCCGCGUAAGUAGCCAUGCCUUCGGUUUUCUUAAUCGCUUUGAUUUAUCAGUUUUCAAUAAAGUUGAACCAUUGCUAAUUUUUUUCCUCUUUAAGUGGACGGAAGUUAUAACGAUUGGUCAGCAUGGACCACGUGUUCGAUGUCUUGUGGUGGCGGUGUGAAAUACAGGCAUAGAAACUGCACUAAUCCAACUCCCAUGCACGGAGGGAGAGACUGCUCUCUGAUUGGACCAGCUAUGGAGAGUGACAGCUGUCACAGUGAGCCCUGCCCAGGUAUGUGUCUAAUUCUUAUACUUAUUUUCCUUAAAUUGUAACACGCGUCAUCUUUUGGUGACCUUCUGUUUCAUUAAAACUCAAAAUUUUCAUCUUUGUCUUCUUGCAGUCAAUGGCAUGUAUGGAACAUGGAGCUUGUGGAGUGAAUGCGAUCGAACAUGUGGGGGUGGUAGUCGGGUCAGGUCUCGGUCAUGUACUAACCCCCCUCCUCAGUUUGGUGGCUCGGACUGCACCCCCCUUGGACCCGAGAAAGAGACUGAGCUGUGCAACUUGAACGCAUGUCCCGGUAAGAGCUAGAGCUUCUACAACUUCUAAAACUAUCCAGCGAUCUUAGCUAACGGAUUUGAAACUUUCUUUCUGCAGUUAACGGUAAUUACAGUGAAUGGACUCUAUGGACGCCGUGUUCGGUGACUUGUGGUCAAGGCAUCAUGACCAGGAAGAGGUUCUGUACCAAUCCUCAUCCUACAGUGGGCGGAAAAGACUGCGCUUGGCUGGGACCGGAUCACGAGAAAACAAGCUGUCAGCUGGUGGACUGCCGAGGUAACGAACACCUUUGAGUCGCUCGCUUCUUUGAGCACACUACAAUUCGACACAUUUGUUUUACCGAAAAUCUUCACUUGACUUAGAUGAUAACAGCCCUUUUGUAAACUGCCCACUACCCCGUCCCUGGACAAAAACGAGAAGCAUUUCAAAACAGAAAGACGGGGCUUCCAAUGGAUCUUUUUGUUUAAAAAAUCACUUUUUUUACUGCGCUCGGUGACGGUAAUUCCAACAGACGUGUAAGCCGUGAGGACGAUGGAGGGGGUUGGAUGUUGGGAAGAGGCAUACAUAUACAAUGCGUGUCUUGUGCUAAUCAGAAAUGAAUACGAACAUUGAUACCGUCAGCUAUAUGCUUCUGACCUACUUCAAUGUCAUUAGUUCCCCGCUGGCUUUGCCAGGGAGUUAAAUGGAAACUAAUAUGUAAAACAUAUCCAUACCUAUUCACAUAUAAAAACAUUGCAAAGGCACACCCUCAACAAUGUGUUAGGACUGUCGUUGAAUUUCAUUUGCUUCUAUUCUGUAGUUCACCAGGAAUGCAUACAACCGAGCGUAAAAUUAUAUUGCAGCAUACUGCUAAGAAAUUAUGCUGUCACUGCACGUGCCUCCAAAUCCACUAUCUGACAUGUUUGUUUUCUUCGUUUAGCCAACUGCACGUGCGGAGCGUGGACUGAAUGGAGUGAUUGUUCAUUCACGUGUGGAGGCGGCGUGCAACAUCGCCAGAGGGACUGCUCACCACCCAAAUACCAGAAGGAGAUGUCAUGUGAGAAUGAUAAGAAGGAGAGCCGACUGUGCCGGUCAGAACCAUGUCCAAGUAAGUAUUCAAACCUACGAAAUACCUUAUUAUAGGAAAUAAUAAUAAUUUACUUCAGGUACUUGAAGUAAAGAUGAAGUAGAUAAAGUGAAUUUAAGGCUACGACUGACACAGAGAAACAGAAUCUGUUGAGAUAAAAGGAAUACUUUUAUUUUAGCAGUUGAAGUAAAAAUCUGCAAUAAAAAUCAUCCUUUAUCCUUAGAGUUAAGGGGUUAAGUUUCUAGAAAGUUGCCGCGUCGGUGGGAAUAAUACAAGAUACUUUGGUUUUAUCAACUGAGUUGUAAUGUAAAUUGGCCAACAAAGAUUUUCUAAUGCUUUGUCUUUAGGGACUUUGCCGCUCUCAGCGUUCUUUAUACCGGCAGAUCUCUGCACUGGUAAAAGAGUGCCUUUUCACUUUUUUCCCAGUUGUAAAAAAUGGUUUGCAGUGCAGAAUUUCUCAACUCCAUGUUUGUUUUAAGGAAAAGUAAUUUGUUAACUUAAUAACAAAAUGAUUAUUCGUAUACUUGACAGUUGACGGAAAAUACAGUGAUUGGUCACCAUGGUCACCGUGUUCAGUCACGUGUGGAAUCGGAAAGAAGAACAGAACUCGCUCGUGCAUGUCACCCAAGCCACAGUUUGGCGGGAAAUCGUGCACUGAGCAGGCCCUUGGACCGGGUAUGGAGAUAACUCAAUGUUAUCUGACGCCAUGUCCAGGUAUUUAUCAACAAUAACGAAUUCAAAAGUAUUGGAACAACAUUACACGAGUUCAAAAGUAUUGGAACAACAUUAAACGCAGAGGAGGAGUAAACAUACCGGUUUUUUUUUUUUUUUUUCAUUUUAAUAGGAGAAAACACGGCCUAAAAGCGCUCACCAGUUAUAAUUUGUUUCGUGAAGGACAUUUAAGCUGAAAAAUUUCACGUAUAAAAAAGACAAUGAAUUUCGGGUCCAAGUUGAAAGUGAAUUUUAUUAUCUGGCAGUAGCUGUAAAAUGCUCGUUAAUUAAUAACGGUCGGCGGCCGGUAAAUAUCCACCGACACUGAGGUGAAUAGCUGUUUUAGUAUAUACUGAAAUAGCGAGAUAAUAUAGCACAAAAAGAUUAUUUCAGUAACUCGUUUAUUCCUGCAACGAUUACAAUAUUUUCGAAUCAGAGCGCGUCUUCAACGCUAUCCACUCUCUACUUAUAUACUUAUAGCAAAUAUACGUAAAUAAAAUCAGAUUAUUACUCAGUUUUAUACCGGAAUUACCAAUAACAACUUUGGAUGAGGUUAAUCUAAUUGUUGUAUCACUUAUUCCAGAGCUGUCGGAAUCUUAGUUGAACUGCAUAAUUAACAAAGUCCUUUUUUUUGUUACCCGUAUAGUGAAUGGUGGUUAUACUGAAUGGAACGGCUGGUCACCAUGUUCGGUCACAUGUGGCCGUGGCAUCAAAAAGAGGCAGAGAUUCUGCACCAAUCCUGAGCCAGCAUAUGGUGGUGUCGCCUGUGGACACUUGGGAUCUGGGGAGGAGAUUGUCCAGUGUUAUGAUGUGAACUGUCCUGGUGAGUGCCUAUUACAUUAUAUGAGUAACAGCUCACAAAGGCGACUGGCAAGACUGACUGACAAGAUUUAUGUUUUUGUGAGGCUUUCGUUGAGUUAAAUUCUUCUUCCCUCUUAACUGUGUUUCAUUCGCCUUAUGUAGUUGAUGGUAAGUACAGUCCUUGGUCUCAGUGGUCCGCCUGCUCCAAGACCUGUGGGUACGGUAUUCAAACAAGAAAACGAACCUGUACAGAUCCAGAACCACAACAUGGUGGACGGGACUGCACGGACCUUGGAGAUCCGGAACAUAUCCGACCCUGCCAAGUUAUUCAGUGUCCUAGUAAGUUGCAGUAUGAUUACUUACUUAGAGUUAUUUGCAAAGACUUAGAAAACGAAAACAAGAAGAUGAAAUAGAUGCUUUUUUUAAUCAAACUUGGCGUUUGUCUUCUUUCAUAAGGCGCUAUGGAGGAAUUAAUUGGUAGCAUAAGCUUUGGUUUUUUCCGAUGAUGAAAAUCUCCGCAGUGAUUUGUGAUCGUUUUUGUUUCCUUUUAGUUCAUGGAAAUUACUCUGCUUGGUCCAACUGGGGCUCUUGUUCAGCCACGUGUGGGCCUGGAGUCAAAAAACGCACGCGCACAUGCAUCAACCCGGAACCAGAAUAUGGUGGGCUCACAUGUAAAGAGAGGGACUUGGGACCUAAUACCGAAGCCACGAAAUGCAAUCUGGGAGAAUGUCCAGGUGAGUAGUAAUGAUCUUUAUCACUUUCCAAACUUUUCGCACCGAAAUUUUUUUGGCACUGUAUCGGUAACCAUGAGCAUUUUAUUGAUAUAUAUGAAAUGUGUCGUUUUCGUUUCCUUUUGUUUAGCAUUAAGUUAAGUUGAGUUAAGUUUAUAAUACAAUUAUCCUGAUGCAAUUUGUUUUGCUGACACGAGCGUUUUCUGUUCAGUAAAUGGUGUUUGGGGUCCGUGGUCAUUGUGGUCAGCGUGCACAACCAGCUGUGGUCCGGGGACUAGGGAGAGGAAGCGGUCUUGCAACAGUCCACCUCCUAAAAAUGGCGGUGAACCUUGUCGCGGCGCCGAGAAACAAGUUGGUGACUGCAGCUACCGACCCUGCCCAGGUAAAUAUAAUGCUGAGUGGAAUUAAAAAUUUUUAAAAACAGCGUAGCCGAAAUCGUGGAAUCACGUUAAUUCACCUUUGUGGUUGUUGCACUACUUGUUUUUUAAUUCUUCCUUAGCGGAAUUUUUGGCCAACAUUUUCUCUUGUUUUACUGUCUUUUUGUUACGCCGUCUUUCUGCUUACGCGGCUGUUAAACCGAUGGCUGUCUGUGGUCUUUCCCCACAUCUAGGCAAUUCGGGAAUCUAAAAAACUAUAGAACAAAAAUUCAUGUUUCAAAUCGGAAUCCUUAAUUCACAUAGUAUCUACGAUCGCUUUUCAUUUAAGUAGUUUAUUCUUGUGUUUUCACUUUAUUGUGUUCCCUCUAAUAGUGUCGCUCCAUCCUUCAAUGCAUUAACCUCCCAGACCCGUAAUUCUUCUAUUUGCUUUGACGAAGGACUUACGUUGGAAACGUCAGCUUUAGAAACUCUUAACGGUGCCAAAUUUAAAUCAUCAACUCAGUUGAUAUAAUCAAAUAAAAAAAAAAAAACCCACCGACAUAGCACCACAGUUUCUUCAGAAAUUCGCCCCCUGUGUUCGUCUGUCUGAUUUUCUCUUAGUGGAUGGUUCUACUUGUCAAAAUAGUUUCUGUAUGUCAUAAUUAAGGAUAACCUUCCAAGAUAACUUGUUUUUGUUAAUAAACAAUUUUUUCCUUUUUUCUUACCAUCAGUUGAUGGUAAUUACACCGAGUGGACAGACUGGACUGUGUGCGACAAAACUUGUGGAACGGGAAUCAUGACGCGAUGGCGCGCAUGCUCAAACCCAGCUCCUAAGUUUGGCGGCAGAGAUUGCUCCUUGUUCGGUCCUGAUACUGAACGAAAAUCAUGUCAAGUGAAGGAUUAUUGUCCUGGUAAGUAACUGUUCUGCGUCAGUCUUAUUAGUCGUGGGAGACCACUCGUAUCUCUAAAGGCGAUUGGAAAAUAGGGCUCAAAAAUUAAACGUUUGACUAUACUGUUGCACCUUGGAAGUCGUUGUUCAAGACAGGGUGAGCGUAGGUAUGUAUUUGAUUCAUGUGAGAAAAAGUGAUGCUUUCUUGCUAUAUUCUCGUUUAAUAUCUCAUACUUGAGAGGGGUCUUAUCAUGAAAGCAGCAUGCGGAAAUUCUAAGUUCAUAUGACAUUUUGGUAUAACCUUGAUGGGUUACUUGAAAAAUUGUUUUUAUUCAAUCACCUGUUUCAAUUCUGCAGUCGACGGAAACUGGGGCGAGUGGUCAUCUUGGACUGCCUGUACUAAAUCCUGUGGUGUCGGUGUGAGAAUGCGUGUGAGGUCAUGUGAUAAUCCAACUCCAUCCAAAGACGGAAGAGAUUGUAUUGGACAGAACACGCAAACAAUUGACUGUAAAGCGGGAGAAUGCUGUAAGUUUUUCCUGUGUUCCGAGGCGUGACUGUUUUAACUUGUAUCUCAGGAAUUAAAACAAGAACAUCUUUAAAAUUUGUGCCAUAAAUUGCCAUUCGUUUCUGCAGGUAGUGUACCCAUGAGGCCAUUGGGUUGCUUUGUGGAUAAUAAAUUGUCUGUCCGACCCCUCCCUGAGCUUGUUUUCACGGACAAUGAUCCUCAGAGCACCUUGUACAGCGGUAUCAACGUGCAGUCUGACGAUUGGGAAGCGUAUAUGCCAGAGCUGGUGUGUAGGUUAGUGACUCGUCUCUCCUUUUUGUAGGCAAUGAUAGUGUAAUUGUCAAUUUAGCGUCGAAUAUAAACUUACAGUGUAUUGGCUUUGGUUUACUUUUCCCAGUUAUUGGUCGAGAAAUCUUGGGCCACAAUUUAAGCUCGGUUCGUAAAACAGUGACGAGAUUACAAAAUUCAAAAUCUGCUUCAGUGUUUGGCGUAAUAUGCAUUCAGAUUUAAUGGAAUUCUUAAAAUCCCCACCAAACUGUGACUUGUGGGAAUACAAACUUAAAUGUGACAUAUCACUUUAAAAUCAGUUAUGAUGACUUUACAUUACUAUGAAUUUCCCUAAUUGACCAUUUCCUAUAUAUAUUCAUCACUCACCACAGCGGAAAAUUGCGAUUGACAGGCAGAAUUUAGAUGUUGAUCUUAUUGUGUCAUAAUUUUUUCUAGGUGCGCAAAAGCGGCCGCAUCGAAGAACUACACUCACUUUGGUAUCCAAGGUUAUGGUGAAUGCUGGUCAGGACCUAACGCUGCUAAAACGUAUUCUCAGGACGGGGUCGAGAACAGAUUCACUCAAAGACCCGAACCUAAGCCGUGGGUCGGCUGUGUUGGAGACAACUUUGAGAGAUGCCGCGGUGGAAACUCGCAGUGCGUUGGACAGGAGAAAAGCAACUUUGUUUACGCGUUCUUGAACGGUGAGCACCUCAAUUAUCGAGUGAAAUUUGGAUGAAAGAAACUCAAUUUCUCGCAAAAAUGUUAGGAGCUCUUCUCCUUGAAAUGUCACGGGAUUAAUUUUCUUAAAUGGAAAACAAACGUGUUGAAACGCAACUUCUAUCGUUAUCCUCACUUGGAUUGUUUUCAUUUAGGGUAAGAACGCAUAAUUCUUCUUCGGUGAUGCACUUUUUCGCUCAUAAUCCUGUACACCCUAACAUCAGUAUGCAUAUUCUCCACACUGUUCUCUGUACAUUUCUGUACAAGGUUCUGACAAGAAGAAUCUGUUCGACAAUUAAGAUGUUCUUUAGUUGGUGAUCAUUUCAUAUAUUCUCGUGACCUUCAUGUGUGAUUCAGGGGUGAUCCUGUAAGGAGAAUUUAGAUGUUAGUCACCCUUAGGGAUUAAAGGGUUAAAUGAUUUUAUGAGGAGACGGGAAUGUAAGCUGAAUUAUCUAAUACAAAUUUGACUGACUAGCUUUCGUGAAAAUGGUUCUGAGCGAAGUAAAGCCAUUUUUUUAGGUUAAGUGAAGUGUGCAGCAAAAUCAAUUUUACGACAAAAUAAACAAUGAAUGAAUUUUUUUAAUGUUCUCUUUCUUAACAGUUCAACCCAUGAAUGGAAACUAUGGUCCUUGGUCCCCUUGGACGUUGUGCUCUAAAUCGUGUGCUGGCGGUGUGAGAUCACGAAUAAGGAACUGCACCAAUCCAAUCCCUGAGUAUGGUGGCAAGGACUGUUCCGCUCUUGGAGAGCCUCAGGAAAGCGAGCCUUGCAAUACCAAAAAGAUUUGUCCAGGUAGAUAAAUUCUUUCUUCAUUUGUUCUAUUUUUUCAUCAAGGAACAUGAUAUUAAUGUUGAUAAGGAUAGUGCUUUGGAAAAACGACCUCAAGAGUGUGGGUUCAAGAAAUAAACAAACUUUUUUUGUUUCCAUGGGCUUAUGUUAAAGGAAUUCGAAUUUCUUUACGUCAUAAAACCGAGGUGGUGAAUGUAAAGAAAAUGUGGUUUGCCGUGAUGAGUUCUUUUUUUGUUCCCACUUUCGGCGAAGUCAUUUUUAUUCUCUUUUCUUUCAUCUCAGACGUUUGUCGGAAUAUCAACUAGGAGAGUUUGCCUAGCGUUUUCUUUACUCUCGCUUUGUCAUGCCCUCCAACUGCUGCUCGCUUCUUAUACAAGGAUAAAACAAAACCCAUGCAAAACAAAGGGCAUUUUUGGACCACUUGAAAUCUCUAAUUUUUUUUUACCGUUAUUCGUCCUUUAUUUGGAUUUUUCUCCGAUUUGUAUUUUCUCUCCCUUAGAGGAAAGCAGUUUUUCCUCAGAUGUCUCAGAUAACUGCAUGAAAAAUAACAGAUUUUCAAGUUAACUCCUGUUUGUAUUUUUAGUUGAUGGCGCCUGGGGCGCGUGGAGCAACUGGACCGUGUGCUCAAAGUCGUGUGGCAAAGGUUUUCAAGAGAGGAGCAGACUCUGUGACAGUCCCGCCCCAGCUAACGGUGGCCAAGUGUGCCUGGGACCGGCAAAACAGAAGUUGUCUUGUAACCAAGGAGAAUGCCCUGGUAAGUUUGAACGAGUCAAUUAGCGCACGAGUUAAGAUUAAGGAUAAAUUUUAAUAGCUUUGUUUUUGGUAACAAGGUUUAUAGUCAACUGUAGCAACUUUAUUUGCUUGAAAGUGCAAAAGCAAUUGUAAAUCUCAUCUUCGCGUUAGAAUUUCCCAUCGGCAGAGUCUGCUCUGAAACCUCUCCGAAAAAACGCCGUAUACGUGUUUCACAAACUAUUGCACACGUUUUCUUAUCUACGGUGAUAUUUCUGAAUUGUCACAAUAUUUUUUAAUGCAGUAAACGGCAGCUGGUCAGCGUGGAGUGCGUGGCAAGCAUGCUCAGCAACUUGCGGGGAUGGACUUCAAUUGAGGACUCGUGUCUGUAAGAAUCCUGAACCAAGUAAUGGUGGUUACUCUUGUGAGGGAGAUGAGGUUGAAGUAAAGCCUUGUACAGUGAGGAGAUGUCGUAAGUAGAGUCUUAUGGCACUUUGAACACAGCGGUCAAACGUCGGGCAUGCGCAAGGGGAUCAAUUUUAGCUGGCCAUAUGCCUAAUUCUCGCGCAAAACAUCAAAGGAAAGUAUAAGAAAAAAACCACUGUAUCGCAAAAUAAGUGAACCAAAAUAGAAACGGUCAGAGAUAUCUGAAGAGAAAAGCUGGAUUCUUUUCGAACAUAAUGGCUAUUGACGUAAGGGUAUCCAGUUGUUCUACCAUUUUUUUUUUUUUUGAGCUUUACCAAAAAGGUUAUACGAUUUUAAAACACUGUGACUUGUUUACUGGCGUGUUGGUACUUUGUGACGUGACACGAAAACUGUGAUAGGCUUAACAGUUGUGCAAGAUGCUGUUUUGGUCCAUUUUUUCCUACUGCAAUGCAUGCCACAAAGAACAUUCUACACAGUGAAGAAUACAUAUCAACACGACGUUUUGUUGAGUACCAGAAGUAUUUCGACGUUGGGCAGUGUACCAUGGAACCUUGUUAAAACUGAGGGUUUUUUUUCUUUUUUUCAGCUAUCAAUGGAAAUUACUCUGAAUGGUCAGAUUGGUCUGAGUGCAGCAGAUCAUGUAGCGGCGGCAUCAAAACGAGGAAACGUGAAUGUAUCAACCCUAGUCCCCGCUACAACGGCAGAGAUUGUAAAGAGAUUGGGUCGGCAAUCGAGAAAGUUCAUUGUAAUCCACAGUCCUGUCCAGGUAUGAUAAUUUUCCUAAGGAAGUAUGCUUUUCUUUAUGCUAGUCUACCGACAAAAUGAGUUUUCCAGUGAUAUUUCAUUGCAUUUUAAACUCGGAGCAAAGCGAAGGAAAAAGAUACACAAUGUCAGGGCAGCCGACCCGGCACACUCAAAGCAAUUCCUUUUGAUCGGCUGUUUUUACUUACCCGGUUUUUCUCGAUCAUUUCAGUGCACGGAAACUGGGGCUCAUGGAACAUGUGGAGUUUCUGCUCUGUCAAGUGUGGACCAGGCAAGCGCGAACGCAUGCGCAAGUGUGACAAUCCACCGCCCAAGUUUGGAGGAGAAAACUGCCCUGGUUCAGACAGACAGACCAUGCCUUGCAGUCUGUCUGAUUGCCCAGUAGACGGUAAAUGGGGUCUUUGGUCUCCUUGGACUGCGUGUUCAGCUACGUGUGGCGCUGCUAAGCGCUCGAGGACACGCGGGUGUGAUCACCCUCCACCCGCGCACGCCGGAAAAACAUGCGAAGGGCCAGAGAAGCAGGAAGAAUACUGCAAGCUGCAGCCAUGCAUGGGUGGGUCUUUAUCUGAGUUAACUUUUCGUGAGAAGUUGAGAUACUAACCCUUUUGCUCUCAAAAGUGAUUUACAUGUAACAUCUCUCGAUGAUGUCUAUACGGUUUAGCUAGAAAUCAUUAUCUUGAUCUAACGCCAAAUCCUCGUGACGCAAGGAAAUGCGUAGCAACUGGAAGGGAGAAUUAACGAACAUAUCUUGGGAGUUUAAUGCGCCACAUGGCUUUCACUGUACAUUUUCAAGCGGCAAAAUAAUAUAUAUUAAACAUGAACGAUGAAUUGUGAACAAGACAAGCAAAUGCACUGUACUUUAGAGAGGUAUGGCAUAUUCUAAUUUUUCAGCGCGAGUUAGACAGUGUGAUUAAAAAAAAAGGAAAACUCUGCGAAAUUCUGCGAAGAGAACUUGAGACGCUCCAAGUCUCGAUAGAAGAUUUAAAGAUUUCUUGUAUAAGGUGAGCUUUAAGGGUAAUUUUAAUUCUUACUUGUUUUAGUUAACGGCGGCUACACCAAUUGGGGCAAGUGGACCGAGUGUGACGUCACUUGUGGCGGUGGUCAUAGACAACGAUCACGUGCCUGCACCAACCCUGUACCUGAGUUUGGCGGGCUCAACUGCACUCAUUUGGGUGACUCGGUCCAGUCAGAUGUGUGUAACACUCGACCGUGUGCACGUAAGUAUAACAGAAUUAAUGUUUGUGACUUUAUCAAUGCUUUAGUUGUCAUUGACGGAUCAGUGGUUUGAAAUGCAACUUCUUGUCGUGGCUGCUUAAAAUGAAAUCCUUACGAUAGCAUGGCGUUGCGGAAUCAUAUACAACCGUGUGACCAAUCAUGUUAACUACGCCUUCAACAGCGUUCUCACGCUUAAAAUGGAGUUAACCUCGUGCACCGAAUUUAGCUUUAUGUGAAUUCAGAAGAAUGGGAUGAUCAUUUAGGUUUAAAUGUUUUUAUCAUGGAAAAAGGAAGACCUUCAUUCCAUUUGUUUCCUCUUCUUCUUUAGAACCCGGAGGUUGGUCUGGCUGGUCAGUUUGGUCUUCCUGUAGUCGAUCAUGCGGAAGCGGAAGUACGACCAGAAGACGAACUUGCACCGCGCCCCCACCCUCCUAUGGUGGGCCUGACUGUGUAGGGGAUAGUGUGGAGAGGAAAGCUUGCAAGCUACAGGACUGUUGUAAGUGUAGAGAGGGUUUACAAUAAGUCUGUAAUUCGACUUUGGGUAAAGAUAAAAAGUAAGUUAAGAAAGAAGUCAGAGACUAUUUUGGCACAAGUAUGGGGAAGGGAAAAAUUCUAAAGCCGCCAAAUUUGAACGAGACUUCUCUUUUUGUUGUUGUUGGAUUUUUAAGGAAUAAUCUCUCGCGAAUAAGAAUUUCAGGCUUCGACGGGAUUCAUACUCGUGCCUCAAAGAUUCUAUAGUUAGGGCGUUACUACCAACAGAGCUCCGAGGCCGCAGGGAUCGAGUGAGACAAAUUCUAAAUGGUCCUACAUUCUGCAGACAACCGUCCGUGUACUGCGAGGAUCAUCGGUGUGAAAUGCAGUAGUGACUCUAUUACACAGAGUAUUGCUGAUUAGUGAGAGCAAGAUAUUCACCAUUAGAUUUCCAGUUAAUGUCUUUCCUUUACUCAUUUGAUUUCGUAUUUUGGGUGUACAUAUUGAUAAUUUUUUCAGGUGAGAUUCCAUACAAGGCUCUGGGUUGUUACCGCGAUAAUCACAACUUGUACCGACCCCUCCCUGAGCAGCUGUUCAGUGACCCACAGGAGAAAAUCGACUUCAAAGACUGGCCGAACUAUCUGUCUGACGCCAUAUGCCGGUAAAUAAUGUUUCUGUUCUCUGCUAGAAAAAAGAAUUUUAUGAUUCACAAGGCGGAAAGAAAUGUUUAAUUCCCAUGCCCUGUCUUCGCUCUCUCUUUGUACUUUCCUUCGCAAGAUGGAAGUAAGAGGUAAAUGAACAUUUUGAAAUCGACUGCGUACUAGGAAGACAACGAGAAGUCCAAGGAAUUUGGAUUUAGAACGCUUUUCGGUUGAGUUUCGUAAAACAAUUGUUAAUUAGAAGAAAGGAAAAUACCUUAAGAAUUUUACGUAAAGCCAACCAAACUUACUAAAGCGCGGGAAAACGCAGGUAACCAAGUAGUAAUUGGGUUUAGUUUUGUAUCUGAUUGGUUGAGAGAGUGGCGCGAGUUUUCUGGACCAAUCACAUAGCGAAAUAAAGCAAAACCAAAGCACUUUGGAAUUACUUUCGGCACCCAUUUAAAAUUGUCUUUGAGAUGAUGAAAAUUGUUUUGGAAAUAUCUUCCGCAUAAUCUGACUCGAGUUCGGGAAAGAUACACCAAGACCUGUCUCAGAAAAGUUAUCAGAAAGAACAAUGUUAUCCUAGAAGUAAUGUGAUUGGAGGCCAGGUAAACAAGAUGUUGUGUAUGUUCUCUUUCACAGAUGCGCCCGUGAGACUCAGAGAAAAGGAUACAGAACGUUUGGUUUACAAAACUAUGGUGAAUGUUUGUCCGGUGAACGAGCGGGUGACUCUUAUUUCCAAGAAGGAGAACAACUGUUGUUCAUGGCGCCAACACAGCCCAAACCACUGUUAGGAUGUGUUGACAAUGAGUUGAAACUGUGUACGGGAAAUAAUUUGGAAUGCGCCGGACAGGAAAAUUCCAACUAUGUGUUUUCUUUGGAUGAUGGUGAGUAAAUUUGAUGGGGAAGUCAUUAAAAUCUUUAGGAAUUUCAAGACACAAAUAUAUACUUAAGAAGCUUUUUGUACUUAAUUUCAUAAUUUUUCCGAUGUUUUUGUCUCAAAAGUCCCUAAAGAAGCUUACCUCUUAAGGCAAGAUAUUUGUACAAUUUCCUACGGUACUGAUCAAUACAAUCUUAUCUCCAAUGUUUUUAACUCGCCGCAGUGGUCUUUAUUUUCUCAGGUUUUCGAGAAACUCAAGGUUUUGCGUGUCAAAUCUUUGCUUUUAGCAAUUUCUAAUGGCUAUACUUUAAAUUCGUCAGUCAAUGAAAUCCCAAAACUAUUUAUCCAACAUGAUAGCUUGUUCACGUUCUGAUAUUUUCUUUUCCUUUGAAGUCAAAGCUGUUCAAGGUAAUUACACAGAAUGGAGCGACUGGAGCGACUGUUCUUCCAAUUGUGGGACUGGCGAGAGGUUCCGAACAAGGAACUGUACCAGUCCCCCUCCGGCUUUUGGAGGAAUGGACUGUUCGUUUAUUGGAAUGGACAGAGACGCAGAAAGUUGUGAGAAGAGAGCAUGCGCAAGUACGCUUGAUGGCUUUUCUAUACAUUUACUACAACUAGAGAUAUGAAGUCUAUUAGAGGUCGAUUGAUCAUGGUCGGUGAACCUCACGCUCAAAAAGGAAGUGAUGGAAAGGAUAUACAAAAAUGUAUCGUGAAAAUGACUCUACAAUGUUCCUGAUUCUCUUACCAGCUGAGAUGUUGCGGUUUUUAUGAGUUAUUCCUGUUGUUACCAUUUUUGUGGUUAGCCAAGGUGUUUUAUCAUGGUAAACUGAAAUUCCAACACAAAGCCCACACCAAGUUGCUUACAAUUCAACGUGAUAUUUAUUGUUGUUUUCUUUCUGCAGUUGAUGGUAACUGGGGAGCAUGGGGGAACUGGAGCACCUGUUCAGCGACGUGUGGUCAUGGCACAGUUCAUAGGACGCGCACGUGCGAUAACCCUGCUCCUUCUAAUGGCGGGAAACCUUGCGCAGGAGAGGGUCAUGAGACAGCAGAGUGUCGCAUGACACCAUGCCCAUGUAAGUGAAAUUCCAUCAAUUUAUGAUUCUCGUAUGUUGUUUUGAGUCAUUAAAGGAAGCAUUGUCUCAUAUGAACGGAAAAAAUUGUUUGAGUGUUUUCUACUGAGUAGGAAAUUUUCUUUGUUAGUGAAUGGUCGUUGGUCCGCUUGGAGCUCAUGGAGUCCUUGCUCGGUAUCUUGUGGCAACGGUCGGCAAGAGCGCAUGCGCAAGUGUAACGAUCCCGUACCCGAGUAUGGCGGAAAAUUCUGUCAAGGACCUGCCAGAGAAUUUCACAAUUGUGAAGAAGAUGAUUGCCCAGGUAAUUUCAUUAUUGUGUUUUUAACUUUUCAGAUUCAGAACUGUCGCUAGAACUUCGGUGUCUACGAGGGUUAAUUUUAACGAAAGGUUAUUCAGCUUAGCUUUGAAAGAAGAUAUCGUUGACAAACUAGCCGUCUUGUGGGGCGGAGUUAAGGUGCUUCUGAAUAAUCCUUUCCUGAAAUUUUCUCCUUUUAGUCAGCGUUCUUGAGUUAAUUUUACCAUAAUCACCAAGAAAAUCAAGCACAUAGUUCAGACGACUUUUGAAUCGAGUUUAAGAAAUGGUUCUCUCUAAUCCGUAGGUUACUGGAGUGAAUGGUCCGCCUGGAGCGCUUGUUCAAAGACGUGUGGUGCUGGUGGAAGGCGUGACAGAACACGCACAUGUCAAGGAGGAGCCACGUGCGUGGGCUCCGCGCGCGAGAUUGAAGUCUGUAAGGUUCAGGAUUGUCCAGGUGCGUGACAAAGUAUUUGUGAGUUCUUUUUGUUUUUAAAAUGACAAUUAAGCUUACUCGUCACAUAUGCUCAACCCUUCACGUCAAUUAUUAACUCAAAGAAAGGAACAGUUGAGAAGGAGUGAUUAAGGAAAAUAAAAAUAUUUACUUGUCUUUGUAGUUUGCCACAAGGCUGUAGACCUUGCGUUCGUCCUGGACGCCUCUGGCACAGUGGAUGACUCUCAAUGGAAAUUAACGAAAGACUUCGUCAAAGGUGUCAGCAGUGGUUUCCGUCUCGCCCCUAACAAGACUCAAGUGUCUAUUUUAGCCUACUCCACGUUACCACAUCUCGAAUUGAGAUUCGAGGACAAAAAUAUUUACGACAGCAUGGACGAUUUCCUUCAAUCGAUGUCUCAGCCACGUGGUGACACGCGUACGGACCGCGCCCUGAAAUUAACACGUGAUCAAUUGAUAACCGCUGAAACGGGCGCACGUGACUUUACGCCCAAAGCGAUUGUUAUUGUUACCGAUGGCGGAGACGCGCCUGACACCACGGCGAAGCGCGCCGAGCAACGCGCCCGCGAACUCAAGGAUAUGGACGGUGCCACGAUUGUUGCUCUGGGGGUGGGAGAAAAAGUGGAUCAGUACGAACUGAGGCAGCUUGCGUCUGAUCCUGAUCAUGCAUUUUUGGUUGCGUCAUAUGAUGAUAUCAUUGGUUACGUCAAAUCAGCGGCUGACGCAGUCUGUACAGGUGAAUUUUUUUGUAUUGUUCAUGCGUUUGUGUGAGCAUUGAGGUUAUUUUACUUCCCUUUUUCGGAGCGAAUUUAUUGCUAGUCUGAGACAAAAAUAAACGGCGAGUUCCCAACGUGUUGACGGCUCCACUUGUUUGGGAAUUCGCACGAAUGAUGUGAUUGUGUUUGGUUUCUUUCUUUCAACCCUGACAACUGUCAUUUAAAAAAGCGUCAAUGAUCUGAAUUUGACAACACAUUAGGGCCGUUUAUAAUUGAGUGUCGAAAACCAAAACCAAAGUGAGCAAUAAGAAAAAAAAAACCCAGCGACCAAUCGAAAUAAAAUGAUUUAAUUGCCAGUAGUCAAUAAGAUUUCAGAGUGAAAACGAGUAAACUACUUGAAGUGCGGGAAAACGCGAAUGACCAAGUCAAUAAUUUUUAGUUUUACAUCUGGUUGGUUAGGAGGAUGGCACAUGUCUUCCGAACCAAUUACAAAGCAAAGUUAAAAAAAAAAAAACAUUUCAGAUUACUUUCGACAUUCAAUUGAUAUUCGCUCCUUAAGAUCUGUUGGUUUGCAUCGUUUCGCGCGUGGAUACAUUCCAUGAUUUUCGACUGAAAGCUGAUUAAUUUUGAAACAAUAAAAUUGGAAUAGUAAUUUCAUAAAGGGACUAACAUGACGAUUUUCUGUGGUUUUUUCUGUAUUUCAGCCAAGCCACCUCCUCCCCCACGUAAGUAUUAUAUCUAAUCUUGUCGACUGAUGCAUAUAGAGGUUUGAUUGCAAAGCUGCUGGUUUAAUCUAAUCACUUUAUCAUAAUCAAGUUGAUGUCCUUCUUUUCCGCUUCAGCUCGUUGGGGCUCGUGGACUGAAUGGAGUCCUUGUAUGAAGACUUGUGGCACAGGUGUCAGUUUGAGAACACGGAAAUGUCUAACCGGAGCGAACUGUAGAGGAACUGGUACCGAGACACGAAAAUGCAAGAUUCAGGAUUGUCCUUGUAAGUUUUUCACUCACUUUUGGAUAUAAUUUUUCCUCAAAUCCGCCUUAUAAUCUUUUCUUUCAUCUCAGCUUGCCAGUUGGCAACAGACCUCGCUUUCGUUCUCCCCGUUUCCUCCAAAAUAAACGACACGGAAUGGCGAGAGGUGCAGAACUUUGCCAAAGGCGUGGCAAACGCGUUCAACAUUUCUUACCCUGGUACCCACGUGGGCGUCUUGUCCUACUCGUCGCAGGCCACCAUGGAGAUGAAAUUCAACCGUUACUUUUACCAGUCUGACGUGCUGAACGCUAUUGAUAACAUUUACCCGGAAGCUAAGAGCGACCAAGGAUCGAGAUUAGAUGACGCUCUGGAAAUAGCCAAUUACGAGCUGUUUACUCCCGCGGGAGGGUCACGUGAUCAGGUUACGAGGGCACUUGUGGUGCUGCUGUCUGAUAAGAUAGAUAACGCAAAGAUUGCUGGGAUUGUACACCGGUUGAAGUUUGGUGGUGUGACCCCAGUAGCUAUAGGAGUGGGGUCUGGUGUCCAGCGUGACGAGUUGUUAAGGAUCGCAGACGCAAACCACACAUUUUCUGUGGAUUCGUACAACGAUCUAAUCACAAUAGCUGGGAAGGUUGUCAAAAGUGCGUGUAAAGGUAAGAAAUGUAAUCUUCAAGUUGUUGUGCGCAAGUUUUCAUAUAUUGCUCAUACACAGUUGUAGUAUAAUGUUUCAUAAGAGGUGCGCAAGAUAUCCCUCCUGUUAAGGAUUUUACCGUUAUUGCGCUACUUGUAACUUGCCCAAAACACAAAUAUUUUGUAGUUGCAAUGUGUGAGCCCCUGAGUAUUUUGUAAAAUUCAUAUAUUUUCGUUUGUUGUUUUUGUAGCUCCAGACUUCCUACUUGAUCAAAUUGUCACCGAAAAACAACGCACUGGUCACGCAUUUCACCGGGUGCCAGUCUUCCACGUCGGUUCUUAUCCAGCAACAUAUCAAGGAGUAACCUCAAUGUCAGUAACACCCGGUCAGCAACAGACCAUGAAUAGCUUUGUUCCGACGCAAGGUCAACAGACAAGCCAGGGUUAUGCUCCAACUAAAGGAUUCUCCAUGAACGCGGCAUCAGGACAGCAGCAAGUUACCUCUGCCCCUGCGUCAACUCAGCAAUCUGCUGAACAGGUCUCUGUUCCACAAGUGGCUUUUGCGGGUGUCACAUCAGCCCCGCCAUCACCUAGUCAGGCUACAAGCGGAGCUCAACCAGUUCCCUCAAAAGCAGCAUCGACCCAGCAACCUGUUGAACAGGUUGGUAUUGUUCCUCAAGCGGCAAGUUUUAGUGUAACAGCAGCGUCGCCAUCAACUAAUUCGGCAACAAACGUGACUCAAUCGAUUGUCUCUAACGCCACGGCAAUUCAGCAACCUGUUGAACAGGUGACUUCCGAUUCACAAGCUACAAGUGCUGGUGUGACGUCAGCGCCGUUACCGGCUGCUCAGGGAACAGUUGCAGCUCAACAGAUUUACUCAAAUGAAACCUCAGCUCAACAGCCUGUUGAACAGGUUACCUCUGCCGCCCAGGCUGCAAGUACAGGCGUGACAUCCGCUCCGCUUCCAACGAGUCCGAUUGCAAACGUGACUGGGCCGGUUUUCUCGAACGUAACGUCGCCUCAACAACCCACUGGACAGGUUCCUGCAGCAGCGCAACCCUCUCAAACUGUUUACGCAAAUGCUACACCUACACAACAACCAGCGACGAUGAGUCAAGGUAUACCACCUCAGCAACCUGUCAAUCCAGUUUCAGGAGUGCAACAACCAGUUUAUUCCAACGCUACAGCAACCCCUCAGCAGCCUCAAGAGGGUAACGGUAACGAAAGUGCUCCUGAAGUCGGCCCUCAGUCCCCGCAGGGUGUUCCCCAGGGGGUGUAUUCUAAUGUCACGACAUCACAGCCAUUGUAUCCGCAACAGCCUGAGCCUACGUAUUCAAACGUUACAGUUCCUCCGCAGAAUGUCACCUCUGUUCUUCCACCAACAAACGAAUCUUUGACACCGACUUCGGUACCUCAGUUACCGAGCGCUCCGGCAGCUCCUGUUCAAGUUGGGGCAGAAGCUGGAGCAAACGCCACAAUCCCGCAGGCUCAACCACAACCUGCCCAGGCUCCAGCAGCACCGGUAUACAAUGGCACUGUGGCUCCAGCGGCGCAAGGCACGAGUGCACCUGCUCAGAAUGUUUCUGCUGUCCAAGCGGUGCCUGCUGUCGCUUCUCCUACCGCUCCGCCUGCCGCACCGCAAGUAACAGCUGGAUCUCCUCCUGCGCCUGCACAGCCAAGUGCGCCCUUGCAAUCGGCUGAGAGCGCUGUCCAAGGUGUUACCCCACAGAGCCCUGCAAGCACUCAGCCAUUUGGUAAGUAAUGUAUAUACAUGUGUCAACGGGUUAUACUCAAUGGAUAAUCGUAUCCUCACAAACUUAGCUUAAAUACAUCUUUUACUUAAAUAGUGACGAGAAAAUGGGUACUCUGUUUACCAGAAUUUAGAUGCAAGCUAUGGGUUAAAAGACGUCAUAGUCUGCAUGUUUCUCUAUGGAAGAAAAUCACUUAGUGAAAUAUGUCUCAGCUGGUGAUUGUGAUUACAUUCAGUGUCCAGUAGAGGUUAAAGUGUUGUGCAGACCUCAUAUGGUAGUCACGUGGUUGGUCUUCCUGAAACAAAUCCAUGUUAAGAUCGCAUUUUUAUUUUGUUUCUAACAGUUUGUCCAUAUGCUAUGGAUAUCGUGUUUGCUUUGGACUCAUCCACGGACGUUACUCCUGUCCAGUGGACUCAACAGAAGGACUUCAUGAAGAAAGUUGCUGAUGGUUUUGAUGUACAGGAGAGCGGGACCCAUGCAGCCUUGGUCGCUUAUUCCACUAUACCUUCAAUCAACUUGAAACUUGGAGAAAGGAAUGUGAAAGGAGAGGUUGAUAAGGCUUUUGAUGACCUGCCACGUGAUCCUGGUAAUAGAAAUCUGGUAAGUCAAGGUUGCUGCCUCGAUGAUGUGAAUAGCAAAGAGAGCCCACUAUAAAACAUGUGAAGGAUACCUUUCUUUGUCAUCGCAUGCCUUUUUAAUUUGGGAUGCUGUCUUUCAAGGCAUAAAGCAUUUUUUAUUGAAAUAAGGAUUUGCGAUCAAUUUUCAGGUCAUUUUGUUGGAAAUGGCUAAAUUCGAGGUGUUCACAAAGUCUAACGGUGUGAGGACCCAUCUCCCCAAGGCCCUUGUGGUGACGGUGCUUGGACCCCAAAACGAUCACAACACUAACGCCGCCAAGAGCCUAAAGUCCUUCGCAAAGCAGUUGGAAAUCAGUGGUGUAAAGGUAAAGAAAUAUGGAAAGGAGUAAAGAGGAAAUGACGUCAUUGCUACACUUUUUACUGACCAUUUCUGUAUUCCAAGCAUGAAAUCAGUAAUCUUCAUUGUUGGUUUUUCAUUUUUCAGGUGAUUGCUGUAGGCAGCCCAAGCAUCGCUGAAUCAGAACUUUCUACAAUGACAACGGAGCCUAAGUAUGCUGUACGGGUUAACGAUCUCCAGUCUCCAGCUGAAGCCGAGAAAGUGACCAAGAUUAUUUGUAACGGUAAGAUGGUGCAAUUGUUUUUUCAAGUUACUUUGCCUUGACUGGUCUUGGGAUUUUUACCUUAAUUUACUCAGGAGAUCACUGGAAUUUCAAGAUACAAGUUGAUAUUCAAAAUGUGAAACAGGAAAAUCCUAGAAAAGAGAUUUUUUAAGAAUCCUUGGCGAUUGCUUCGAACCCUGUUAGUUCCGAGUGUUUUGCGUGUUGGUUCUUAUCGAACAUGAGUCACUCAGACUUAUGUUCAUGCUGCCAGUUCUUACGUUUUCGCACCGUUAAACAAUUUAUCUUGUAUUCUUUCCUCAGUGGCGGCAGGGUUCCCGUCCACAAGCGAGAGCGGACCGCAAGCUCCAUUUCCCUCCCCAGUCCCCUCUGUGCAACAGAAAGUUGCUUCUCCUACCCAAGCUCUCGCCCAGCCCGCAGCAGCUGCAACACACAUGAAUAACUUGUACAAGAGAACACGUGAGUGGACGUUUUUAGUUUCUGUUGUGGUCAACCGUGACGCAACAUUGCAAAAUAGCACCUAGCAAAAAAUAGCAUCUUAGUCCUUGUAAUUUGAUAACCCUAGUCAUUUCGCACGCUUUCUCUUUUAUUUUUCCUUCUGGAGUGAUAAAAAUUGUAUUUGCUUUCCUCUCCUUCUAGCUUACCCAUUCAAUUGUCAACCCGUGUUGUAUUAUGACUUCGACAAGUUUUGCGCGGGUGAAGUAUUUGACGAGUCGGGCUCUGGCAACAACGGGCUGUCCCGCGGGAGUGUGGUUGUUGAGCCGGGAUACAACCAAGACAACGGUGUAGACUUAUCAGACGGGUUCAUUCAGUUGGAUGGAAUGAAUUUCAAGGUAAGGUGCUUUGAGAAUUUGCGACAUAUCUCAGAAGAGAAAAUCUUGAGCUUGAAAUUUGGUGGAGGAUACGUCUAACAAACUUGGUUAAAAUGAAAAGUAAAGCGUGACAAGCGUGACUAGCGUGACAAGCUUAUAAAUAACGCAUCAUAUUGAUACAAAAAAAAUCAUAGGAAUGUAUUCAACUUAACUUUGAUUUUUCCAAAGUACUUAAGGAAACCUAAGGAGGAUAACUUUUAAAGUAAGACAAUUACGGAAUGGAACACUAUAGAGUCAAGUAUGAGGAAGAAAAUAUCAGGGGCUCGUAUCAAGUGCAGUAUAUAUAAGUUAUGGGAAAUUUUUAAAUGAUCAGAAAGCUCCCUCGUCACUUGAAAUGUGAUUUUUUAACUAUGUAAUUUCAAUGAAGGAAAAGCUUGUUGUACUUUUGAUUGUCGAUAGGAUAUUUGUUUUUACAUUUUAAACUUUGUGAUGUAUAACACUUUUAAACUUUAUGACACCGACUUUUAAGUAAUUUAUGGUGAAACGAUGACCACGAGUUUAUUAGUACUUUUUUACUUCUUUUAAUCAAACCCUCUUCAAAUAAAGCCUUUACUUACUUACUUACUUACUUACUUCUACAGGGUAAGCCGACUCUUGGUGUUACUAUAUCAGCAUGGGUCAAGGUUAAGAACGUGACUGCGCCGAACAUAAACGAGAUCUUCGUGACGGAAGCACCUGGAAUAACAGACCCCUCGAAACAGGGACAGUACCACUUUGAGAUCUUAAACAAGGGUAAAGUUCGCUUCUUUCAACGAAAUAUGGACAAGACAGUGUACGGGAGAACUACCAUUGAGGGAAUCCCAGAAAAUAAAUGGGUUCACUUGGCGGGAAUUUACAAUCCUGAAAGCAAACAGGCCGCAAUUUACAUCAAUGGACGAGCUGUUAAGAACUAUGAACAGACGGAUGCACAAGAGACUGAAGCUUUGAACACAGAUUGGAGUAAGGCCGCGUAUAUUGGGACAUUUUACGACGAUGAGGGGCCUCGACGCCAAUUCAAGGGUGCCCUGGAUGAGUUCUAUAUCUUCCCCUGUGCUCUCCCAGAUGAUCAAAUCGUGACCCUCAAGGAUACACACAGAAUACGUAAGUUCAUCGUCAAUUGAAACCAAUUUUUGAAUGAAAUUUCAUAAAAGAAUCAAAGAAUCAAUUAUCAAUUGUUAUCAUUAUUACUGUUUUUGAUAUUUUUCCUAUUAUUAUAGAACUACUACUGCUGCCUCCGUGCAAUAAACCAAAUCGACAAAAUAUCUCGAAAUUCUAAAUAAGGAACGAACAUUCGUAUAGAAGACGUUCUACUGCAGGUCCGAGUAAUUUCCUCGAUUGGCUAGUUUUGUGACAGCUAAUCACGGAGACCAGUCGUGGUUUUACGUCAUCAGUGUCUCAAAUAUUGUCACGUGCCUUCUUUCUCAAAGUUCAUGUUAUGUCACUUACUUUUGUUAUGAUUCCUUCCUAUAAUAGCCAAGUUUGUGGGUCCGUACCCAGGCGUCAAGCGGGAGGUCUGGCGCGGAGUCAAAGGCACCACUAUAACGGACUUGGCCACGCAGAAAGACUAUCCAAACAACCCCUCUGAGGCCUCCAUCAUUGAGGACUUCGACGCACCUAAGAACGAGGGCGACGAUUACGGUUCCCGAAUUAGAGGGUACUUCGUGGCGCCCUAUACAGGAACCUACUCGUUUUCUCUGUCUGGUAACGAUGAAGCUGAGUUGUUCUUUAGUGGGUCGUCGAGAGAAAAAGACAAAGAUUUGUUUGCCGUAGUUAGAGGAACUGGGCACAACAAGUUUGCAGAGUAGGUUUUACGUUUUAAAAUGGAUAAGCCCUAUUUUUUGGCAACAACCAGGUUAUUCUUCUUAAAAGAGAAUUUCGCUCAUUGUGCUAUUUUCAAUUUAACUUUAACCAUUUUCAAUUUAUCUGAUCUCAGAUUUUAAACAGCAGCCAUAACAUAAUUAUAGUCUGGUAACUUCGCGCGAUCCUAAUUUGAAUGAAACUCAGUUUUCAUGCUUUUCACCUCUCCUCUCCCAGACAUCCCUACCAACAGUCUGGUUACAUUCCACUGGAGGCUGGCAAGUAUUACUGGAUUGAGGCCCUGCACAAGGAAGGAAUUAACAGGGACUCCUUAUCCGUUGGCUUCACCUUGGAGUGCCCUAAUGCACCAUCGGUACUUUCUGAGAAACCGAUUCUAAGGCCAAGCCUGCAAUAUCAGAUUCCUCGUAAGUAACACUGUUUAAUUCAGGAAAAUGUGCUAUUUUCAGUGCAGCAAAAUUUUGAAUUUCAGGACAUUUUUCGGGAAGUAUUUUCAUUACAAUAUAUUGCUUUCAACUAGGGAGCUGCACUGAGGUCAAGAAAAUGUGGCCUGGGUUCAAGGAUGAUGAAUACGUCAUACAUAUGACUCCUUCUUGUAAUCCUAUUCGUUUGUACUGCCAUGGCCUCGAUACAGCCUCCCCCCGUGAGUACAUUACUCUGCCUGCUGGCCCCGAUAGGAACUUCGCUAGUUUUUACAGGGGUAGGCUGCUCAACUAUGAAUCCUGUUCUGGCUCUAUCAACCCUGAACCCAAACUGACGGCGAACUACUGGGGAACAACAAGGUGGGUUUUGCUUAUAACUGACGACCUAAAACUUCCAACAUGAAAAUUCAUUAAAACCUGAGAGAGAGAUAUGAAACUGAUGCAAGCGAUACAUUCUUGGUUUUUUUUUUUUUUAUGCCAGGUUUAACAAAAUUCGUGUCGAUCCCACGACGGGUCUCGUUCACAGAGAUGACUUCCAGUUUGCAAAGACCGAGGGCAACCCGGUUCGAUUUGCUCGCGCGGGAGACUGCUUCUCAGCUGCGUCCAAAUGCCGAAAGGGUAAAUUCCAGGUGGAUCUCUCUGGCACGGGAUUACGCAUGCGUAAAGAUGUAGAUUGGGAGGCCUGGGGCACACCAAAAGUACCACAGCGGUUGCUGAGCGUUCGUAAGGCGGAAGACGGAAUGAUGGCAUACGGUGAAUGUGGAGGGUCGUGUGGGGGAUGCCAACCGAUCAAAGAAAGGAUGUUUGUGGAACCAGCGGCCUGUACCGAUCCUUCCACUACAGGUGAUUACUCUUCCAUUGGCAAGGAUGUGUACUAUCUCCUCUCUCAAAUAUUCGUAAUGGCUUGAUAGGACUGAGUGGAGUCCAAUUCGGUCUUUUCAAUUCCAAUUUAUCAAUCGCGAGUAUGACAACUGACAGAAUUGGACGACAAAAAGUCAUGUUACAAAUUAAUCAUAGCCAUUACAAUUUCCGAAAAGAAGUGUGCAUAUUCAUAUAGGAGAACAUCUCCGAUAGUGACAUCGUCCAAAGCAAAAAAUUCCUCCAUUUUUUAAUUCCCCAGUUUAGUAGGGUAAGUAGUUGUUGCUAUGGUAAUUGCAAUCAAUUCUGCGAUUGGUGGAUUUAGCUGAGUGGACUUAGUAUGAUUGGCUCCUUUAACUGUCCGAUUACAGGAGGUGUACUAGGAUUACAACCAACUGUCCUAUUACAACUCUAGAGAAUAUUAAGUAAAAGUAUAACAGCUAAUGCACCAAUCACAUUUGAGGAAAUUGUAACGGUUAUGAUAAAUAAUGGUAAUAGGACCGAAUGGAGUAGAAUUCGGCCUGUAAUCAUAAGAGUGAUUAAUCAAAUCGGACGACCACGUAGCGGGAGUCCGAUGUGUUAAGUACAAUUAUGAUGAAAGACAGAAUUGGACGACGAAAAAUCCUUUUACCAAUUAAUCAAAAUUAUGACAAAAUUUGAGAAAGAAACUAGACAUCGGUUAUACGUUUUCACAAAAAAAAAAAAACAACAACAACCUUUAACUCGGCGAAAUGCGAGACAACAGCGCGCGCAAAUGACUUGUUCUGUCCACUUACACAGGCAUGACGUGUCAACUGUCCCUUAAACUGAGCUAUUAUACUGUCCAAUUACAAGCAUGACGCGUGCUUUGUACUAUUAGUGCUCAAAUCGGGCUGGUAAUUACCAAUCACGUUCGAGAAUUGUGUUAUAAUUUUGAUUAAAGAUGUUAUCAACGUUGGUUAAACUGGAGCCUUGAUAGCAACUUAUUAGGGUCAAGGCGUGUAGCAAGACAUUAUUGAGGGUUUGUUGGGUAAAUCUUUUAUUUAUUCCUUUAUCUAUCUAUCUACGUCAGUCUUCCUUAGUUUUAUAACAUUUGAUGUUGUCCCUAACAUAGUUGUGGAUGAUAAUGCAUCAAAGUUGUUCAAUUGAAGGCAUUUUCUUAUAACACAUCUCACUUUGUUUAUAUUACUUUAGAUGCCGUUGCUCGUCAGUCGAUUCCUUCACCUGGUGCCAAAAAAGAUGAAAAAGGACAGAAAAAAUCUGUUGUAAGUUCACCACAGAAGGUGCAUGUUAGGUCCGAGGCCCCUUACCCGCACGAAAGGGAGUUUUUCCGUUCGGGGCCUGGGCUUGACGAGACAGAACUGGAAGUGUUAGGUCAUGUGACAAAGAAGAAGAAGCGAAGUGAGUCAACGAAGAAAAAGAGAAAGCGACAUCUCAGCGAAUGAAAAACAACGCAGUAUAACUGUUUAGGAUUAAAAGAAAAAAAAGGAGGAUGAGAAAAUAGAUACGGCAACAUUUGUUAUACCAUGUACAAAACUGAACAUUGGGUUGAGUGCCUCGUUUUAACUUUAAAAUGGAGCUUCUCUGAUCUGAAAAUUAUGAAUAUUUGUAAUGGGGUUUUUGAAUAAUCUAUGAUUUACCGAUAUUUUUUCGUUUUAAAGUGGCUGCAAUAAGAAUGUGGCGGCAAAAGAGAGUUUCACUGUUUAAUCCUCAGCAUGCAGGCGCGAGAGAAAGUUUGUCAGCCUCGCUCAUGGUUUCGAUGUUCCUUUUUAGGAUAUAAUCCUGCAGUCCUUGGUUCCUGCUUUGUAGUUGUAUUUUAUUCUAUUGUGUUUCCAUACUUAAUGUUAAGGGGCCUGAAAUAACUCCAGUUUACUAUAUAAAGGGCCUCAAGACGAAUUAUGUACGGUCCAAGGGCUUUAAAUCACUACUGCAGCAUUAAAAGGGACGACGUGGGCCUUCUCUGUCACGGCCUUAAAGAAAAGGGACUCUCCUCUCAGGGCUUCAUAGUAACGUAAUGUUUGAAAUGAGAUCGGAAUGUUUUCUUUUAAAAUGUAAAGUCCUAAAAGGGGUAUGACAAGUAAGGCCUUUCUUUUCGCAUUAUUUAUGUCAGUACUUGUGCAACUGCUUGGCGUAGAUAAUGGUCAUGAUUGAAAAAUUGAUACCUGAAUCAAGAUGGUGUGGUCAUCGGUAGAGUGAAUUAAUCUCUACCCAAGGAAACCAUAUAACUGGCGUUCACAUUUACAAAGACAAGCAAUAGCGAGUCAACAGUUUGUGAAGCUUCGCGGUGGUGGGCUGAAAUAUAAUGAUAAAAAAUGAACCAUGGCAAAUAUAUCGAAUACCCUGGAGUGAGUAAUUAUACCAAUUAAUUGCAAGUUUUAGUUUCUUGUAUAUUGCAG